UUAACCUGGACACAGAAGCGUGGAAUUAAGAUUCACAGAUCAUUUUACAAGAGUUCUGACCUGGAUGUGGUAAACCUCAGUGCACUUCCUUUCUAUUGCCUCAGUAUUACUGGAUUGAAGAGUUGCUGCUUCUUAUUAGGAGGCUCAUUCCUCAUUACUCCCAACUCCAUUGCUCGAAGCACUGGGAAUUUCAAGUGGAGUAUAUUGAAGUGGACUCAGUUUCUUUGCAUCAUUUCUGCAUUCAAUUUUUAAAAUUCUUUCAUAACUGAGUGUUUUUUUAACUAAAUUUACAUGGCUCAAAUGAACCACCCAGCUCCUGUGGAAGUCAUAUACAAGAACAUGAGAUUUCUUAUUACAGACAAUCUAACCAAAGCAACCUUAAACAAAUUCAUAGAGGAACUUCAGAAGUAUGGAGUUACCACAAUAGUAAGAGUAUGUGAAGCAACUUAUGACACUACACUUGUGGAGAAAGAAGGCAUCCAUGGUCUAGAUUGGCCUUUUGAUGAUGGUGCAUCACCAUCCAACCAGAUUGUUGAUGACUGGUUAAGUCUUGUAAAAAUUAAAUUUCGAGAAGAAUCUGGUUGUUGCAUUGCUGUUCAUUGUGUUGCAGACCUUCGGAGAGCUCCAAUACUUGUUGCUCUAGCAUUAAUUUAAGGUGGGAUAAAAUCAGUACAGUUCAUUAGACAAAAGUGGCAUGGAGCUUUUAACAGCAACCAACUUUUGUAUUUGGAGAAGUACCAUCCUAAAAUACGGCUGCAUUUCAAAGACUCAAAUGGUCAUCAGAACAAUUGUUGCAUUCAAUAAAACUGAGGUACCCAAUGCCAUUGCCUUGGAAAUGGAACUUGAGAUAGGAUCUAAUUUGUCGUAGGUACUGGCCAACGUGUUGGCUUGGUGAAUAAGUCUAAUGAAGCUUCCAUGGAAAACAGUUUCACCAGUCCACAAGCUUGACAGAAUUGCACCCUCUGUAUUUGGCUUAUGAUCAACCUAU